AUGAGUUUGUUAUUAAAUUUACUUGUGGCUGCACCAGUUUUCCGAUUUGCUUUUGACAGAAGUAAAAGUAGUAUUUAUGUUCUAUCAGCCUUUAAUAUUUUUAUUGAUAUUUUACAUAACUCAUUAACAGUUUCAUACUUGGCACCAUCAAUGAUAACCAACGUAAGUAUAACUAUUUUCCUCACUAAUCGUGGAGUGAUGUUUUUAGAGUUACCUCUACGCCGAUUUUCGAGAUACCUCAAUUUCUAUUAUCAUCGGAACAAUUUUUCGUAUUCUUAUGGAACAUCGGAAACAUCACCCAAAUCCUAAUUGCAAUAAAUCGUUUUUCAGUUAUUUGCUAUAA